AUGCAGUUUUAUAUAGAAUGUCCGGUGUCAAAAAUGGCCGUGGAAGAGAUGCGUCAUGGCAUUUCGCCUUUGAAGCAUGUAAUGCAUCUGAAGGGCGUUCUGUCAACAAUUUUGUUUCACAGAACAAGUGGAUCAAUAGUGCCAGCUAUAGACUGUGCAGAUGCAGAUUGUCGGUUCCCGGUUGUACGGAGCGUCGGUAAUAGCGAAAGCCAGGAUGCUUCAGAAAAGAUGAAUCGGAAAAUUGACGAAUGCAUCAAGGAGCUAAGCAUUUGGUUUGCUCAGUUUGACGAAAGCCGGCUGGAUCAGCUAUCGCCAUCGCCAUCCAGGGAAGACACUCCACCAGAGGGAACCGUCAAUUCGUCGAAAUCGAGGUCGGCAUCUUCGAUAACCUUGAAACUUUCGCAAAACAGUGGCGAGUGCUCUGAGCCGUGGGAAACCUGGACCAUUGCCUCGCAAAUGACCAGCAGCUACAGGAUAGCCAUCGAAAAUAACGGGUCGUUGUCAGGAGCGGAGUUUGGCCGGUCGAGCCAUUUUGAGCAGUUCCUCAUCAGUCUCGCAGCUUUUUGUUACGAAAUGGGCAUUCAACACCCACCAGAGCAGCAGAACCAACCCCAUAUAGACAUGUAUGUUGGAAACUCGGACCCCAGCCAGACUGGUAACGAAUUUGCCCGCUGGAAACGGUUUAUUAAGAAAAUGCUGCAAUCCGGUUCUGGACAAGACAAUGAAGCUUUUUGA